AGACACUCCUAUCGAAUAUCGAGUUAAGUCUCAAGAAAGCACAAUAAUUGUUUAAAGAAAGCAAACAGAAUUACAUAUCUUGUGCCCACCUUCGCAUUCUGUUUGAUAUUCCAUUCUCAAACCAUCCUUCUCUUCUUAGACAAACCCCUCCAUCAAGCACCACGAUCUGUCGAUUCAAGAGAUACCAGAAAUACCAGACAAGCUAUAUAAGUCAAGUUAAUUUAUUGCAUCAUUAUAGAUAUUGCUUUUUCUUCUGUUAACUCUGAUCUGUUGUCCCUGUCCUCCCCGCUUCACUCUACAACGCGGCACCGGCGGCAGACACCACCAUCAUCCUUCUCAACAGCAUCUGGCAACAAGGAAAAGAAAAGAAAACAGCUUCUAGAAUCGCAUCUGUCUUCCUCCCCUGGAUCCAUUUUCGAUCCACUUGGCCCAGUCCUGUCGCUCCAUGCGGCUCUCCGUGCCAUAGUCCUCUCACACGAUGACGAUGGCGGACGAUGCUUCAUACCCCACGGGCAGAAACAGCAACGCUACUCCCGGGUCGCCGCCCAUGCCCGCCACCUUGACCACCAACACCAUCUUCUCCUCCGUCUCCUCCACUCACAACCCCGACGACAACGACGGUACAUCAACGAACGCGCCUAGACCUAAUACGAUCACUGACCGUACCUUCGAUAUUGGUCACGAGGGGCCUUUCGUGCAGCCUGCCUCCUACCUCCGGCCGCGAGGUGUCUCGCAUCCAAUGCCCCCAGCUCAGCCCGAGAGGGCGAUCGAUCGGGAAGAGCGUCAAGGCCUGUGUGCCAUUCGCAACUUCCUCAAAGUCCGCAACAGUUACGAUGUCCUCCCACUCAGUUUUCGUCUUAUAAUUUUCGAUACAUCAUUGUCGGUCAAGGAGAGUUUAAACAUAUUGAUACAAAAUGGUAUCGUAUCGGCUCCGUUGUGGGACUCCAAAUCCUCGAAGUUUGCAGGUCUUCUGACCACCUCCGAUUACAUCAACGUCAUCCAAUACUAUUUCCAGAACCCUGCCGCUUUAGACCAGAUCGACCAGUUCCGACUGGAUAGCCUCCGAGAGGUCGAAAAAGCACUGGGCGUGGCUCCUCCAGAGACCAUUUCUAUCGACCCCGAGCGACCUCUUUACGAGGCCUGUAGGCGCAUGUUGAAGUCCCGGGCCCGUAGGAUUCCUCUAGUCACCAGUGAUAGUCAAACGGACCGGUCCCACGUCCUCAGUGUCGUAACGCAGUACCGUAUUCUCAAAUUCGUCGCCGUCAAUGUCAGUGAUACACAGAAGCUACGGAAACCUCUGAGGGAGCUUCGCCUGGGUACCUAUCACGACACCGCAACAGCAUCAAUGGACACACCGGUCAUUGAUGUUAUUCACAUCUUGGUGGAACGGAGUAUAUCCAGCGUUCCCAUUCUAAAUUCUGAAGGUGUCGUCUAUAACGUAUUCGAAGCGGUUGAUGUCAUCACCUUGAUUAAAGGUGGUGUUUACGAUGACCUGAGUCUAACUGUCGGUGAAGCGUUGAAGAAGCGGUCUUCGGAUUUCCCUGGUAUUUAUACAUGCUCCUUGGAUGAUGGUCUGGAUACCAUCUUUGACACCAUCCGUAAAUCUCGGGUGCACCGUCUAGUGGUGGUGGAUGAACACUUCCGACUCAAGGGAGUGCUCACACUGAGUGACAUCUUGCAAUACAUUCUUUUAGAAGGCGUAAGUGACGAAGUAUCAUGACCCAACGCAGACGAUUGCGCACACAGUCAACCUCAUACGACUUAUACUUGCAUGGCAAUGGGCGUUUUAACUAUUUGGAUUGGGUUCGAAGGGUUUACGGACAAGUCUGGCUUGCUCCACAGAGCCCCAUGUUUUUCUAUUUUCGUCCUCUUUUUUUGAUAUGGGUUUGCAAUUUAAGAACAAGAAAAGGUAAUGUUAUGGUGUCUAAAAAUCGUGUUCCUUGGCCUCCUAAUCGUGAGGGUUUGGGGGGUUUGUCAACAGUCCAG